AUGUUUGGCCUUCUAUUAAAAAAUAAACAUUUAAAAGAUUUUCUUAACCAAAGCGCCAUUCAUGGCCUGCGUUUGUUGCUGUACUAUACUCGCUUUAAAUAUGCCAGAUUUCUAUGGACAGUCUUUAUAUUUGCUGUUAUAAUUUGGACCCAUUUUAUAAUAAUAUCGCUGACUUUCCAAUAUAUACAACAGCCAACUGAGGUGCAUAUGUCUACAAACUUGGUGCAUGUUUCCAAUACACCUUUUCCAGGUGUGGCUGUUUGUAGUGCCAAUAAGUUGAGUCGUACUAAAGUUCUAAAAUUCGCGGAAAAGGUCAAUACUGACAUCGAAAACUUGUUUCAAGUCCUUGAUAUUGGCGGGCAAGGAGGCAGUGUGACCGUAAGGAUACAGCAGGUAUUGAGAAUAGGCAUGGAAGUCGAUGUACAAAGAAAUUUUACCCUCCAAAGACUUGAGGUAGUCAGCCAAAGAGCGGGUUUCGAUUUCGGAGAAGGCAGAAGGACCAGCAUAGGUGUCGGAGCAGGGAUUGUUGCUAGAGCCAACCACAUUCCAUUGGAAGCCCCAGUUACGGUUGGGAUCAGCACCAAAACAGCUGCCAUAGGGAGUACGAGUCUUACGCCACAUGCGAUCGGUGGUGUGGGUGUAAACAUAACCAUCGGGAUUGGCAUGAGGGAAAAUGUACCAGUUGUAGUUCUCAGCUAUCUGGCUAAUGCUGGCCACAAAUCGGGCACCUUGUGGGGAGCUACUACCACAUUAAUGGGCUUGUUAAUGGAGUGUAUGCCAUUCAAGAACAUUAUAGAAUCCGAAGCACCUUCCAAGUUCUUUAAAACCUCCAAUUCAGCCUCAUUAGAAGCGGUAGUUUUCUUUGAACAGCAACAAGCUUAUAAACCCUACUAUUUGGCCCAAACAACUCAGGAAAUGGCUCAAUAUUUAUUACAUUUCAAAGGUUUCUAUAUCUUUCCACACGACAAUCAACCGCUUAAUUUUACGCUACUCUAUCGUUUGGACAAAAUUUUCAACUUCAUGUUUAACACUACUAAAUAUCCGAUACGAGAUUAUUUGAAAAUUUUAGCACCCGAUUGUAAAAACUUAAUAAUCAGAGGAACCAUAUAUGGUCAAGAAAUUAAUACUAGGGAUUAUUUCAAUAAACGUUUGACAUCUUCGAGUGUAUGUUGUAUGUUUAAUUACAAUAGAAGGGGUUAUUCUAUAGAUCCGAAAACACGUAAAGCUGAUAAUCGUUUUGCUGAGAAUGCAGAGAAAAUUAAAUUUGAAUCCAAUUCUAUAUUAAAUUCCAUACAAUUUGUGUUGCGUAGUGAUUCGGAAGAUUUUACCAUAACAGAAUUUCAUAAUACAGCAUUUCAGCUUUUUAUUUUCCCCCGAGAAGAUUAUGCUACCAUACAAUCAAAUCGUAUUGGAGAAAUUUUGGUCGACUACAACACCAUAGUGGAAGUACCCAUAGAACCGGAAUUUUUUGGCUCCACCCAGAGAGUACGACAGUUUUCACCGGAUGUGCGUAAUUGUUAUUUUCCAGAUGAAGGACAAAAACUAUUAAAUCAGUCUUAUUACUCCAUUGAUGAAUGCCUGCUGUUAUGUCGCAUGCAGUCAAUGUUGAAAUAUUGUGGCUGUGUUACACCACCCAUGGCGGCCACCAGUAAAAACAUUAACUAUUGUAGUUUUAUAAAUUUACCUUGUCUGAUGAAAUGGAAAGCCAUAUGGUAUGGCUGGGAUCAAUUUGAAUAUGUGCAUGAGAAUGGUAAAGAUCUCAAGGAUGAUUUUACCACGGGCCACAGAUGUCCGCAGUGUUUGCCCAACUGUAAUGGUGUGGAUUAUAAUCUGGAGGUAAAUGAAAUGACUAUGCGGCCUACAUAUGGACAAUUUUACAGUCAUGGAAUAUUAGAAGGACUUAAUAAUGCAAAACCUUUAGCAAUUGUAAAGCUUUAUUUUAAGCAGCGUUAUGUUUUGGCCACUGAAAUGGAUAUUGUGGGUGAUUGGGUGGUUUUAUUAAAUCGCUUUGGCGGCAUUAUGUCCCUGAUGUAUGGCUUUAGCAUUAUCAGUUAUAUUGAAAUUAUCUAUUUUGCUACCGGGAAAUUUUUCGCUUAUCAUUUAGAUAGUUGGAAAUUAAAAUUAGAACGUAAAUUAUCUACUCUAACUAGUGCAACGGAAAAGGUGCUGGAUGUUAAUGGAGAGAAUGAUGAGCCGCCGCCAGCUUAUAAUCUAUGCUGGAGGGAAUUGAAACCUAAACAGCCGGUGGAUAUGGAAAUAUUUAAACAUGAUGUUAUUUUACAUUUAUAUAAAAGGGAUGAAUAA